AUGUACUGUUCAACGCUAACUCAGCCGGUCCUCAAGAACGCAGGUUCAUGUCGGUUUCUCCAUCGCUCUUCGUGCACGGCUACACGUUCUCGGACGAGUACGGACGCGAUUCUGAGGGCCAACGAACGAUCUGUUAUACUGGAUGAUCAAGCCGUGGUCAAAGUAGACGUGAGUCAACUCGCUGCCAAUCGACCAGUCGAAGAUUUCUUCUCUGCCGUAAAGUGCCUUUCUUCUAAUGCUCAUCUGUUUGGAGUUUUUGAUGGCCAUGGAGGAGCUUCGUGUGCAAGACAUGUUUCUACACGGUUAUUCGACUAUAUCUGCGCUUCUGUCCUCGAGAAACAUACGCUGGCUCAAAUACCGUUGAACGAGAGAAUACAACACUUGUUUUCUAGUGCUGAUCCUCGACUUCCGUCUUUUGUUAGAGAUGUUCAUGACUUUAACGUCCGCGAAUUCAACGAAAGGUAGGUAUUAUACUUAUGAUUGAUAUAUUUUCUUUAGGUUUCGUCGUCACGAAGAUAUGUCUACAGUUCGAAAAGCUCUACAGCUAGCAUUUACACGUCUUGACUCAGACGUUUGUAACGGUGCUUUACCAGACUCUAGGGGGCGGGUCUGUAGGUAUGUUAUUACCUAAAUUUACUUAACUGUUUAGAAUGAGCGUUAACGUCGCUACUUCGGGGUCGUGUGCCAUAUUAACGCAUAUCAGAAGGGGCCAUCUGCAUGUAGCCAAUGCUGGAGAUUGUGCUGCGGUUCUGGGUGUAAUGAACAACGGACAUCUAGUGGCCCGACAGUUGUCGAAGCCUCAUACUAUAGAUAACAUUGACGAAAGUAACCGAGUAAGGUCCCAACAUCCAGUAUCAGAAAGGGCUACGAUAUUGAAAGGUAAGGCAGAUUGCAACUAUGACAAUUUGAAUUAAGUUAUUAAUGAGUUUUAGGUAAUAAUAAUUUGAGUUACCUGAUUAUGUUUUUACCAGUAUAGUAUAAGUUGUUUUUAGGGGGUCGAUUACUUGGAGAACUGUACCCGCUUCGUGCUUUUGGAGACAUUAGGUACAAGUGGCCAUUAGAAUUACAAAAGGUUGUGCUUGAACCGUUAGGAAUGACUCCACCUAAUGCUCUAAACAGCCCUCCAUAUUUAACAGCUCAACCUGAAGUUUUCUACCACAAGUUAACCCCGAAUGACAAGUUCUUGGUGAUCGCCAGCGACGGACUUUGGGAAUGGCUGGACCCUGAUACCAUAGUAAGGCUGGUUCGCGAUCACACUUUAGGAACACAAACGCUUAGUCAUUAUCAGCCUUCGCCAGAGAAAACUUUAGGAGAGGUCAGUUUACUUUCAAAUCCAAACGUAUUUUUAACAAGUUUUAAUAAACAAUAAUAAGUUAAUUACAGAUAGUGGAAGACAUCGAAAUCCGGAAAGAAGGGUCGAUCAAAAAGCCACUCGAUGACAACAGUGCCACGCAUAUCAUAAGAAACGCCUUAGGUGGCUGUUCCGGCGGGACAGACCAACAAUACUCUAGACUGCAGGAAAGUCUCCAGCUUCCUCCUGGGAUGGCUAGGAACUACAGAGAUGACAUUACUGUUAUUGUUGUACAUUUCAGCGAAGAUUAUUUACAGAUUAAUGCAGAGUCCGAUGAAGGAUAA